AUGUUUGUCGUAGUAGAUUCGCAUUCGGUGUAUUAUGAGUUGGUAGAGGAGAGCGUGAGUGGACACGACUCAGCCACCUCAGGCCCACAGUGGACACGACGGUUGCAGUUUAAGCUGGCGUUCGUUGGUUGUUGGUUAGAAGAAGUUGAUUUGUCCAUUAGCAUGCCUCAGGUCGUGAGUGGACAACACGACAGUAGUUUAAGCUGGCUUUCGUUUGUCAUUGGAGUUGGUUGGUGGAUCAGUAUUGGGUCUUGCGUGGAGUGUUACCACCUGGAAGAGGUGCUUGCUGGAGUUGGUUGGUGGAUCAGUAUUGGGUCUUGCGUGGAGUGUUACCACCUGGAAGAGUUUCUUCAUCCUACGCGUUUGAAUCUCUUCGCUACGCACGGUUUUCUGUCUAGGUUGGAACAUUGGCGUUGUAGUGUGGAUGUGGUGUUCGGUAAAAUUGGUUCUGCUCUUCGGGAACAGAAGGUUCAGAGUGGGCGUCUGUCGAUUGGGGGGUCAGUGUUGGGCGUUGCAGGCAAUGGUUUUGUCUGCAAAAGGUCUGUUGUGCAUCAACCGCAGCCUGCGGGAAGAGGUGUUGGUGUGGGGUUGCGAAUGGUGUUAGGGGACGAAGGGGUGGUGUUUGGGGCGUUGGAGCAACGUAUGGCUGACAUGCAGAGGUUUGUGGGUGAAUUGGUGUUGCUUGCAAAGCGUAUUUGCGUGAUGGAGACGAUGGGGAGCGGAGAUUGGCAUCUGCAUGUGGAUGUGUCGUUUGGUUGGAUUGGUUCUGCUCGUCGGGAACGCAAGCUGGGCCCCGAGCGUGUGCGUCUGAAGCUGUCGUGGUUACUUAGGGUUCAGUAUUUAGGGACGAAAGCAGGUGCUUGUGAUUGCAGUGUGGAUGCGUUGGUCUGUUGGAUUGGGUCUGGUUUUCAUCAGCUCUUCGACGAGCUGAAACCCGAGCCUGUGCGUUUAAAGCUCAUAGCACCUGAGGCCUUGGUGUUUACUAACAAGUGUAGAUGUUUAAGGAACGUGUGGAGCUUGUGGGUGGAUACAACAUUAGUAGUUUCAGGUGGCAUUCUUUGUUUGUUGGUUGAGCCCCCUCAGCCUGUGGGUGACUGGAUGCUUUGGUGGGAGGUGUUGGAUGUGCGGUUGCGCGUGGAUGUUGAAGGUGGAGAGUAUUGUGCGUUGGGGGCGGUGGGGAUGCUUGCAAAUCAUAAUUGCGUGAUGGAUUCGAUGGAGUUUUGUUCGGAGACCGGGAUGUGUUAUUAUUUGGCGUUAGGGGCAGUGAUGAUGCUAGCAAAUCAUACUUGCGUGAUGGAUUCGAUGCAUGGUUGGUCGGAGAGAGGUGCGUUUGCGGCAGGUCGCUACAUAAGGUUUUCGGAUUGGGGAGGGAAGAAGAUGUUUGUGGAUGCGCGUUUGGUGUAUUGUGAGGUGAGUGACUGGAGGCUUGAUGGCAGCAGCGAGUGUGCGGAAUUAUUGCGGGAUAGAAUGAAAUAUGCGUUGGAUGCGUUGGUUCAGCCUUCUGAGCAAGUGAGAGGACAACACGGCAAUAGUCGUUUAAGCUGGCCUGUGUUGGUGGUUGAUCUUGAUUGUGUGGAUGUGUUGUUCGGUUGGAUUGGUUCCUCUCGUCGGGAACACAAGAGGGUGAGUGGACGCGACAUGGUAGUUUUAGCAGGCGUUGGCUGGUGGUUGAUGGCGCUUGGCGAUGUGUUGGGCGUGGGGUUGCGAAUGGAGUUUGGAUACGCAUGGGCGGGAGGUGUUGGCGUGGAGUUGAGAAUGGUGUUAGGAGAUAAAGGGGUGAUAUUUGGGGUGUUGGAGCAACGUAUGGCUGACAUGGUUGUUGGGGGAAAUGGAGCGGAGGUAGAUGUGUGUGGGAGUCUUGGAUGUAUUGAGGUGGUGACUCGAUACGCGGGGGGAGUUGUUGGAUUAGCAUUUGAAUGUGGAUGUGUCGUUUGGUUGGAUUGGUUCUGCUCGUCGGAAACGCAAGCUGAUUCCCGAGACUCGCGUGGGGAGGUGUUGGGUGUGGGGUUGCGAAUGGAGUUAGAAUAUGGCUAG